CGAAGCCUCCGUGUGUCUCCAUUUGGGCCGGUGAGCCACCAAAAAUUUUUUACCCGGCACACACUGAUCGACAAGAGCCAGGGCCACCGACAGGGCACGAAUGAGCAUCCUCAGCCAGCGGUAGAUGAAUAGAACCUCACAUGCAAUGACCAACAUCGAUGGAAUGCAGCAAUAAUAGCAGGCCCUUUCUGGUGCUGUGGGUUGACUGUGGCCCGAAGAAUCAUAUACUGCUUCUACCCGGAGGUGAUCAGAUCUUCGGUGAGCAGCCCAAAGAAAAUGUCGGACGACGAAGCCGACCCCGAACUACUGGCCCUCCUGCGGCAAUCCCUAGGCCUGGGUAGCCAGGGACAUGGCACCGCACCGCCAUCGACGGGCGUCCUAGACUCGGCAGAAUACAUCUACGACAACGCCAUCGACGUCGCCAUCUCCAGCAGCGGCACCAAGAAAGCAGCAGAGCACAUCUACCAUCUCAUGCAGUCGAAAAGUUACUCGACAGGGACAUGGUCAACGCACGAACUCCACCCCAAACUCUCCGAGCACGGCGAAGAGGAAACGGUGAAUUUCAUAUUCACCAUGAACCUGCUGAAUUUCUCCUUCUGGUCCGAGUUGCCCGAGGGCGAGAGGUUCGCUGUUGAGUACAAGGGCCGGAGGUGGACGGGGUACUGGUCUCUGAUCGCGGCACUGCAGCGAGCCUUGAACGAGGGAUAUGCGAUCACCACCCCAGACUUCUGGCAGGACCGUGAUGCUUGCACGGACAGUGUCCUGGAACACAUCUUCCGGUCCGCAACGCAGGAGGCGAUACCGUUGCUGCGAGACCGGAUCGCCAUCCUUCGCGAAGCCGGGGCGAUCCUCUACGAGCACUUCGGCUGCAAGCCGGCGAACAUCAUCCGCCGCGCAGACGGCUCCGCGGCAAGCUUGGUGAACCUGCUGGUUCAAUACUUCCCCAACUUCCGGGACGUCGCCAGUUUCCAGGGGAAGGAGGUGCGUCUCUACAAGCGCGCGCAGAUCCUCGUGGCAGAUCUCUGGGCCUGCUUCCAGGGCGCCUCCUAUGGCUCCUUCUCCGACAUUGACUCCUUGACCAUGUUUGCGGACUAUCGCAUCCCACAAAUGCUACAAGGGCUGCACUGCUUGAUGUACUCCCCCCGUCUGGAAUCGAGGAUCUCCCGGCGGGUGAUGCUCAAGGCGGGGGAAGAGAUGGAGGUCGAAAUCAGAGGCUGCAGCAUCUGGUGCGUGGAGUUGAUUCGAAGGGAGAUUUUGCGGAAGCAUCCCGAGGCGAAAGGCAAGGUUAAUGCCAUCUUGAUAGAUUUUUUUCUGUACGAUACAUGUAAGGAAAUGGAGACGGCCGGUGAGAUAGAGGAGUUGUUGGCACACCAUCGGACAAGGUCGAUAUUCUACUAGGUGAUUCGCACUAUUUAGAGCAUUGGACGGACUUGGGAUCCUAGGUCUGGGAGGGACAUUCAUCAGCGGAGGAGUUUCUUGAUAGAGGCUGCCUGGACUCGCCGUCCUGCCUUGCUGUCCAUCCGAGAGUCUUCGGGUCUUUAUCGCAUCAGACUUGCUUUUACCCCCCUAGCUUGGUACCACACAUAGAUUUUUGAAUCUGGAAUGUUGGAUAUUGUUCCCAUCCAAAGGAUUGGGACAA